AUGAAUUAUAACAUAUUUAAUGAUUGGUACAAAACCUUCAGUUGCCUCGGGACCAUAAGAAAAAUUAACAUCUUUGUGAGCCAGAACAAAGAGAAGGCAAAUGUCGAAGAGCUAAAAAUAAUUAAUGAAAAUAACUACGUGUCCCAUUCCAUCGCCAUUUUAACGGCUUUAGGCAUUCUGACAACCUUCCGGGAGUUAAGGCGCAUGAAGUUUUUCAAGUUCAGACCCCUUUUGCCUAACGUCAUUGGACUAACGACUUCCUGCUCCUUCCUGUACCUGCACGCUAUGUACCUAAGCCGAAGCACCAUUAGCAAACUGAUUCAGUUGAAUUUGGAGGAGAAAUCCAAUGAAGGCAUAGGCAACUACGUCGCCGAGAUGUACAAAAAAGACGAACCGGAAGACUUUGUAAAUUUAGUGAGAAAGCCGUUGUAG